AUAAAAACAGCUGACGUCUGUCACAUUAAUGUCAAAAGCAUUUAUGUAGUAUUAUUUGUUUAAUAUAUAGAGUUUUAAUUGUAAUUUUUUUUUUAAAUUUUCAAACGCGUAAAAAUGGGAAGUACGGCAAAAGCGAUAGUAACAGGUUUCAUUUGUAGGUUGUGUUCAGAACAAAAAAAAGUAGUAAUUCAUCUUUAUAGUGAAAGGGCUAGAAAAUUAGAUCUCCUCAAGAAAAUUAGACUACUGCCUAUUUCACUUAAAAAAUAUGAUAAUUUACCAAAAACGAUAUGUGAAGAGUGUGUAAUAAGGUUAGAAGAACAAUAUAAAUUGUUUAAAAAAAUUAAAAGAAGUCAAGCAAUACACCGAAGUCAUCAAAUGUAUCAUAGUAAUGGUAGAUGCCCUGUUGAAUGUCCCUUACAUGGUUUAGCUGAUCCUUCAUGGUCUGAAAUUACAUUAGAUGAAGCUACUAAUUCAUAAUACUCCUAUGAUUCACUCUGUAAAUAUUUUUAGGCUACUUUCAAUUUUUGUACAUUAACUCUAGGUGGUAAGUUUUCGAUCAGCUUCAAAAUUUAUGUAUAAGGAAAGAUGAAAAUGAAUACAAAUAAAAUUUCAAUUCAACUACA